AGUACAAAUCGGGUAGCUACACAGACGACCAGUAGGGGCGCUCCAUCCUCACCGUUUUACAGAGAAGAAGAAAAGCGCAAAGGCAUGGCGGCUGACAGUUUGUAAUGAGCCAACGAAAACAGACACCGUUUUUGCAAGUUGGACUUAUAACGUUUAAAUCAUAUCAGGGAGUUCAAACACGGACGACAAAAUGCAGAUAACUUUUAAAACCCUACAACAGCAGACGUUCAAAAUCGAGAUCGAUGAGGAGGAGACGGUGAGAGUUGAAACCUUGCAUUUCUGAAGGGGGUGGAGUGGGAGUGGGGUAUGUCCUGGAAGCGAGCGCUUCAGUUUUUUUUUAAGAAAUUCAAAACUAGACGGCCAUUUAAAAGGUAUGUUAAAUUACAAGGAACUCUGUUAAUAGAGUAAAGAUCCCCUUUUUAAAUGGCUUUCAUUUGACGAUAAAGUGAAGCUAAUUAACAGCAUUUAUAAAAACCGGUCCGGAAGUAGUUUGGAAUAUCAGUAUAUAGCCAUGGCCCACCGUAGGUUGUAGAUGGGGGUUAACGCUGAUAAGAGUUUGUGCUUGUGAAUGAGGACCUUAUGAUAAAUUUAACUUUUUUUUAUUGCUUCGUACAUCUUUACACGCCAGCAUUAGUGCAUGAACACACUAGUACAGAGUAGAGUUGAAGUGUUUACUUGAAUCACGUUUGCGUGAACUUCAGUUGUUUUUUUUCUUCAUAUAAAGGCCGGAACCUAAUUUUAAGUCUUAAACUGUAAGUGUUUCCUUUUGAUAAAUUUAUUUUUAAGUAUUUUUUUUUUAUCACAGUAUCACUAUAUAAAAAUGACCUUCAAUGAAGUGAAGUUUUGGGUCAACAGCUCACAAUGACUUGCACUUUUUAAGCAACAUGUGCAAUGCCAUUCAAAGCAAUACAGUACAAUCUACACAAUUUAACAUAAUACGAGUCGUUAAGCUCCUGUGAUUAGUUUUUUACAUUUAUUUUGAUACUUUUCUGGGGUAUACAAAAGUUAACAAAGCAUCAGCAACAAGACUGGUAAAUUUAUAUUGUAGUAUUUGUUGUGAGGGGGUUCGGGGUUAGAACAGCUGAAGAAACAGCCCUGUUUUUCCUCUAAAUAUUCACCAUCAAGUAGUAGUAAUAAUAAUAAUGAUACUUUGUUCCAUAGGUGAAGACACUGAAGGAAAAAAUUGAACAGGAGAAAGGAAAGGACAAUUUUUCAGUUGCUGGACUGAAACUCAUAUAUGCAGGUAUGUUAUAGUUUGUUCUGUUUUUUUUUUCUCUUGGUAUGACAUUGUCCUAAUUCACAGAAUGAAAACACUCAUGACACAAAAGCUCUUUUAAUAUUGCCUGUUUGAGACAGGAUUGCUAUACCUCACUGUAACUGUUGAAUGAGAGGUUCAAUGAGGUUCAUCAGCUAUCAGCAGCUAUGAUAGCUAAAAAGUUGUUAAAGGUGAAACUGUCAGUCUAAAACAUCUGGGCUGACUUGUGCUGGUGCAUGUCUGAGCGUAUGUGUAUGAAGCUGCUGCUGUUUGCACUUUGUCGCACUCCUGUCUAAUGCCACAAUGUAAAACCAUACUUUAAUAUUGAGCUGCUUCUGAGUGAAAUUUACAAGUACAGGGGCGUCAUGAAUGACGGCAGAGCUUUGAUUAUGCAGUUAGAUGGUGCUGUGGUCCCAGUGUGAACAGUGUAGAAAAUGAACACAACUUAAGAUAUUCUGUCUCAAAUCAUUUAGACUGAAAUUUAUAUUCUAAAGGACUGACUAGUGUAAAGGUAAAAAAAACAAACAAACAUGUGGAUAACAGUGAAACUGAAGCACAGUUUAUCUCAUACAGUGAAACACAGGAAGAUGGUGUUCAAAAGUAAACAAGGUCGUACAGAGUUUGCACCCCAGUUAGCGCUGCACUUCAAAACACAAAGUUGCUGCUUCUUGUUUUAUUAACUUUUUAUUUAUUUUGGUCUAAUUUGUGAAUCGAUUCUCAAUCAAAUCAAUCAAUCAAAUUGUAUUUAUAUAGCGCCAAUUCACAACAGUCGUCAUCUCAAGACGCUUUUCAAAGAACAAGAGCAGGUCUAGACCACUCUCAUAGUUUGAUGAUCAAGAACCAAACUAAGAUAGGUUUUGGCUCAUCUCAACUAACAUGAGUAGCAGUGGCAAAGAAAAACUUCCUGUUAACACGCAGAAACCUUGGGCAGGACCAGCCUCAUGUUAGACAGCCACCAUGAUGAAGAUGGAGGGAGAGAGAGGAGAGAGAGAAGAGGGGAGAGGGCAGGGGGAGAGAGAGAACAAGAUAAGGGAAGGCGAGAGAGAAUGAGUAAGGAGAGGGAGGGGGAGGGAGAGAGAGUAGAGAACGAGGGUGAGAGAGAGACGGGGGCAGCAGAAACAACAACAGCUCAUGUAAUGGUGAAACAAAAUGAGUUCAGUUUACAGGGUUAGGAUUUGAGUGAUUAUGGACAAUUUUAAAUUAAUUAAAUGUGAUUACAGUCAGCAGGCCUAAUCGUAGUCAGCUCUAGUUUAUGUUAUUAAUGUCGUUGAGGCUGAUGUUCAUGUCUGCAGUAACAGUCCAGAGGAAUCCAGGAGAGGAAGGAGCUCAGGGCCUGAGGUGGACAAUCAUAGACAGUAGUCAACUCUAGUUUUAUGUUAUUAAUGUCAGUGAGGCUGAUGUUCAUGUCUGCAGUAACAGUCCAGAGGAAUCCAAGAGAAGAAGGAGCUCAGGGCCUGAGGCGGACAAUCAUAGACGAUGCGGCUAGAGUCAGGCAGGCGAUUCUCAGAGGUGAAGCAGGAAUCCUGAGUUAAGAGAGAAAGUUGAUUACUACCUUUAUGAUACUCUUAUUCUGUAAUUCAGGCUUUAGGAUUUGUUGAGCCAGCUUCUUUAAGUAAAGCCUGAAUAGAUUGAACCCCUCAGCUUGCAGGUCUUGCUGCUGCACGCUGCUAAAUAAUUGAAACUGACGCUGUUGUUCAAUCCCUCAGUGGUUACUUACACGGCUCUGCAGGUUCCAGUCUAGUUUAUGUAGCACACCCAGAGAAAUAUAACAAACACAAACAUUGGACAGUGAAGUUUUGUUGAUCUGUGUCCACAACCAUUUGACUGUAAAUAGUGCAUAGUUACAUUAACUGCAAUUUUUAAGACAUGAAAAGAAAAAAAAUUGUGCAUAAAACAGAAACCUGCAAAGAGCGCUUGUCUGUCAGCAGCUUUUUAUAUGUGUGUCACUCCAAAGGUUGCAGCUUGGGCAAACAAAAGUGUUUCAUGACAUUUCUACUUUUAGUUGUUCAAACAAACUUUGCAGCGGUCUGUUGUUAUAAAGAGAGAUAAGCAUGGGAACUGGAAAAAAAACACAGUCUCUCAACUGUUAUCAACCAGUGUGCUUGUUGUCAGACAAUCCAAAAUCACAAAACUCUCCUCCAAAGGUUAAAGAUGGUUUUGAGUCGAUGUGUACAGGAUACAAGUGUUUCAAAGACAAUUGUAUUGUUUAGUGUGACCUCUUUCAAUCGGCCUCCCAGACACAUGUAUACCUUAAAAACAAAAGUACCUCACUCACUCAAUAAUGAGUCGUCAUCUCAUGUAUCAUUCUUCUUUAGUUUCAGAUUUCAUGUCAGUAUUAAUGAAACAUCGGACCUCUUUUUUUCUUUCUUUUUGCAGGUAAAAUCCUCAGCGAUGACUCGCCCCUCAAGGACUACAAAAUCAGUGAGAAGAACUUUGUGGUCGUCAUGGUGACAAAGGUUUGUGAAUGACAGAGAGGAUUAUUUUUGUCUUGUAGUUUUAGUAUCUAUAUAUAUAUUUUUUUGAUUGUUUGACAUUCUACCUUGAGAGUUAUAAACCAGAUUACACACUGAAGUUAUCUGAGAGAGAGCUUCUUUUGUCAUCAGCCUAUAAUGUUCAGUUAACUAAAAAGAAAUAUUGGAGUAAAAACAUUGAAUAUUGAUCUCUCUUUAGCCUAAAACGGCCUCAGCCACCCCACAGUCUUCACCUGCCACUACAGCUCCCAGCACCACAGCUCCUGCUGCACCUCCUGCCUCCUCGUCUAGCAGAGAAAACACGACAGAAACGUCCUCUACAGAGGACGAACCAGAGGAGAAGCAGUCAUCAACAGCUGAACCACCUUCCACACCAGCCAGGUAAAAAAAGUCCCCGUCUGGGUGUUUACAUUUUGAACUCCGUCUGGUUUCAGUUUUGAUAAGUGACGCCCUUCAUGAUCUCUGUUCUUUUGCAGAAGCUCUGAGAGUUCAACAAACUCAAACCUAAUCGAUGAAGCAGUUUCAACUCUAGGUAGGCAGUACUUGGAAACACAAUUUGUUGCUCAGUGAUUUAGACUGUGCAGAAAAUAUUUCUAGGUCAAAAUCUGAAAGUAACAGACCUGCAGCCCAGAAUGCGAAUUAGAAGUGGUUUUGUCUUUGCACAUUGAAAGUAUUGAAGAAAUCAAUAGCAUGGCGCAGUAAUUCUUCUUAACAAAACCCACUUCCAGUUCCUUAUGGCCACAAGCUUUCCAGUAAGCUCUGAAAAUAGUAGCUGUACUCUGUGGAUUUGUAAGUUUCCCUCCUGAUGAUGCUUUUGUGUUCUUUCAGUGACAGGCCCAUCAUAUGACGCCAUGGUGAACGAGAUGAUGCUCAUGGGCUACGAGAGGGAGCAGGUGGUCGCAGCUCUGAGAGCGAGCUUCAACAACCCAGACAGAGCUGUGGAGUACCUGCUCACAGUAAGAACAGCUCUUAAUCUGAAUGUUUUUCCUUGAUCCAUGAUUUUUUUUAGUUUUCAGAUCUGAUAUUUUGAAUGUCAUGUAUGCUUUAAAGAAAUUGUAAUCUAAUAAAUUCAGUUUUUAUUGAAAUUGAAUUGAAGUUAUACAUUUGUUUGUUGUCGUUGAAGUUUGAUGGUUUAGUUUUGAUUCGACACAGGGUGAAACACUCUUACAUACAAAGUUUUAAAUCUUUAUUUAUUAUAACUUUUCUUCAAGGGUAUUCCAGGCAGAGAUCAGGGCUCUUUAUCAGGACCUGAUGCAGUGGCACCUCCUGCAAGUGGCGCUCCUAUAGCACCCAUGAGUGGAAUUAGUGUCCCUGCUAACAUUGGAUCCUCACCGAGUGCUGGGGGAGGUAAGCGCCCUGUGUUGUUGUUGUUCAUAUUUUAGCAGUGUGAGCAAAUAUCUUCCUCUGUGUGUGUGUCUUUACCUCUCCUUGCUUUUGCUCAAACCUCUCGGCACGCUCUGAAAUUUCAGGCAACCCCUUGAGUUUCUUGAGGAACCAGCCUCAGUUCCAAGUGAUGCGACAGCUGAUCCAGCAAAACGCCGCCCUGCUCCCUGCCCUGCUGCAGGAGAUCGGUAGAGAAAAUCCAGAGCUUCUACAGGUGAAGUACUGACAGAGGACAGUUGUUUAUGAGUUACUGACUUGACCUGCAGACCUGUUUGAAACGAACUUGAAUCAGAAUUGGAAAACAUUUUAGUUUAAGUAAAGUUUAUAACUCACCUAUGAGUGCAGACCGGGAAUUUAAAAGGGUUGGGGUGAAAGAAGAAUGCAUUCAAUGACAAAUGCUUGGUUGGCUUGUGACAGCAGUGAUAUUCCAGCUUUCAAUUUGUUGUGUACUUACUCUCCCUCGGAGUUUGUGGUGCCAAAGAGCAGAUUUCAAGCUUAAGUCAUACUUGAACUCUUCAUUUCCUCCCACAGGAGAUCAGCAACCAUCAAGAACAGUUCAUCCAAAUGCUGAACGAGCCCAAUCCAGAGGCAGUGCCAUCAGGUGGUGGAGGUGUAGCAGGAGGACCAGGGGGAGCUGGAGGAGUGGGAGGUGACACACCUGGUGGGAGUCACAUGAGCUACAUUCAGGUCACACCUCAGGAGAAAGAGGCCAUUGAGAGGGUGAGGAGGAGUCAUUAACCUUUUCCCCUCGGUGCAAAGUUCCAUUCCGCCAUAAUUGUUGUAAUAUAACUCACAUCUCGUAGGUUCUGGUAAACAUGAAGCACACAGUUUAUAAAGCUUAUGAAAAAGUAUCAUAUCUAACAUUUUCUUUGUAUUUCCAGCUAAAAGCCUUGGGAUUCCCAGAGGGACUUGUAAUACAGGCCUACUUUGCAUGUGAGAAGAACGAGAACUUGGCCGCCAACUUCCUUUUACAACAGAACUUCGACGAUGAUUAAAUGAGCCAUCUUCAUUUUGACUUUUUUUUUUUCUUAUUUCUUCCUCUACUUUUUUGAUCCGUAUUCAUUGUAUGUCAACAACAAGCCUUUUACAUUACCAAAAGAAAAUCAAUUUUUUUCAUUUUUUUGUUCACAUGUUCACCUUUUCUUAAUAAAAGCGGAUCAAUAUUAGCUGGUGUUGAAGCAAAUACAGGUGGAUGGUUGUUCUCAGUUCAGAACAGAAACAAUGAAGAGUACAAUAAAUUUACACCAGAUAUCACUUGUGUGCUGAUGAUUUUUUUUCUAAAACGUUUUAGUGUAAACAAUAGAAUUUUUUAAAGUAAUAAAAUCAACACAGUUUGCAAUGGCAGCAAUUAUCACAUUUGUGUAAGGGGUCAGGACAGUAUUCAUGAAUUCUGCUUUGUUUUUUGAAGUCAAAGUCAAUAAAGGUUUGAAAGGAAUUAAAGUUGUAAACAAAUAACACAUAUUGCACUGAGUCUUUUUCUCUUUUUAAACUCUUGUCUGCAUGUAAAUCAGCAGGAUUGUAGACAGGAGUUACACUUGGAAGUCUGAACUGCAUUACAAAUACGAAGGCAUUUUAACAUGUACAGACUUUACAUUUAUGCGGUAAGGUUUGGCAACAAUGAAAAUGUCAUUUUACAGAAAAAUAAAAAACUUGAAAAUGAUAAAA